CUCUCUCUCUCUAGAAGAUGUCAGCAUUGAGCCAUCUCUUUGACCUUCAUCAAGAACAGCUUUGCUAUGUUCAAUGUGGAUACUGCACCACCAUUUUACUGGUGAGUGUACCUUGCAACAGCUUGUCAAUGGUUGUAACAGUUCGAUGUGGACACUGCACCAGUCUAUUAUCAGUUAACAUGACAAAAGCUACUUUUCUUCCUCUUCAUCUUCUUGCUUCUCUUAACCCUGAUGAGCCUAAGUUUGCUGCAAGUCCUCCGGUACUACUAAAAGAGGGUGCAUAUGAUCAUCAUCAAAACCCUAUGGAAAAGAAAAGCCCAUCUCUUGUCAUAUCAUCUGAUGAUGAUGAUGAUGAUUUGAUUCCAUUGAAUCAUGUGGUUAACAAACCGCCGGAGAAGAGGCAAAGGGCUCCUUCAGCCUAUAACAAUUUCAUCAAAGAAGAAAUCAGGAGACUUAAAGGCAGAUACCCUAGUAUGUCCCACAAAGAAGCAUUCAGUGCAGCUGCAAAAAAUUGGGCCCAGUUUCCACCUAUUGAUCAAUACAAAAGAGAUGGAGAAAGUUGUAGCAGUCAGGGAGUUGAAAGAGAAAUACCCAGAUGCUCAGAAGAUGCUCAUGAAGAGCAACUUGUAACGAAUACAGUUGCUCAAAGCUUCGAUGUACCUGUAAUAGAAGAAAUGGAAGAGAGAAAUCUAGAAGCAGCCAUGGAAGAGUUGGAAGAGAGAAAACCUAGAAGAAGUGACGAAGAACUGAAAGGGAGAAACGACAAUAACAAAUGA